UAUGGAGAAAAGUAAAGUACACCCCACCCCACUCCACACCUCCAGAAACCCUUUUCCUGUUUCUUCACCACUCUCAUGGCUUGUCGCCCAAUCAAACCCUAACCUACUCACCGGACCAAAUCUCACUCCUUCCACGUUCUCCCACCGAUUCUACACAUUCUGCACCUGUUAAUCCAUCCAGUUGCGUGUUCAAAUCGUCGGAGAAUUGGCUUCCAUAGCUUUUACGGUGUUUCGUAUCUCUAGAGUGAUAGCGCUUGCAUUCACAGUGUGUGUUUUGAAGAUCUCCAACAUUUGAGAACCGAUUGAGACUAAGAUGUACGUUGUUCCUCCUCCGAAGCGUUCCGAUCCGCUUUCUGGAUCUACAAACGGUACGGACAGUUUGAGAGUUUAUCAGGCGUGGAAAGGAAGCAAUAUAUUCUUCCUUCAAGGUAGGUUCGUAUUUGGACCUGAUGUAAGAUCACUGGUGCUGACUAUAUUCCUUAUCGUAGCUCCUGUUUCAGUCUUUUGUGUUUUCGUGGCUAGAAAACUGGUCUAUGACUUUGAUGACGACUGGGGGAUAUCUGUUAUGGUUGUGGCUAUUUUAUUCACAAUACAUGUUUUAGUACUUCUCCUUUUAACCUCGGGGAGGGACCCGGGUAUCAUUCCACGUAAUGCACAUCCACCAGAACCAGAAGGGUUUGAUGGUAAUACUGAAGGUAGUGCUCAAACCCCACAACUGAGGUUGCCUCGUUUAAAAGAAGUCGAAGUUAAUGGCGUGACCGUAAAAAUCAAAUAUUGUGACACCUGCAUGCUUUAUAGACCUCCUCGCUGCUCACACUGUUCUAUCUGCAACAAUUGUGUUGAACGGUUUGAUCACCAUUGCCCCUGGGUUGGCCAAUGCAUAGGCGUGAGAAAUUAUCGCUUCUUCUUCAUGUUUGUGUUCUCCACGACUCUACUUUGUAUAUAUGUUUUUAGUUUCUGCUGGAUUUACAUAAAGAGGAUUAUGGAUUCAGAGGACAUAACGUUAUGGAAAGCAAUGAUCAAGACUCCUGCAUCCAUUGUGUUAAUUGUCUACACCUUCAUAUCAGUGUGGUUCGUCGGUGGUCUUACCGCAUUUCAUUUAUAUCUUAUCAGUACAAAUCAGACUACAUAUGAGAAUUUCAGAUACAGGUACGACAGGCGAGCCAAUCCUUACAACAAAGGAGUCCUACAGAACUUCGGAGAGAUAUUUUGCACUAGAAUCCCGGAAUCAAAGAACAAGUUUAGGGCAUAUGUGCCAAAAGAACCAGGGAUCGGAGGGCGGCCAGUUGGUGGUUUCGUGAGUCCAAACAUGGGGAAGGCAGUUGAAGACAUUGAAAUGGGAAGAAAGGCGGUUUGGGGUGACGGUGGGGCCGGGCUAGACCACCGAGAAGGCCAACUGAGCGACAACGAAGGGCUAAACAUCAAAGAAAUUGGAACAGGUGAAAUGUCACCAGAGAUAAGAACAACAGUGGAUGAAGGAGACCGUGCAAAUAUUAUACACGCAAGGCGGUCGAGUUGGGGUCGGAAAAGUGGGAACUGGGAAAUGUCACCGGAAGUUCUAGCUUUAGCUUCAAGAGUGGGCGGUGGAGGCAGUGGUAGUAGUGGUGCGGGUGGAGCAAGCUCACGGCCUGCAGAACCGAGGUUGUGAUAGGCUGAUUAAUCGAGCGUGGUAGAUAGGAGUUGAUGUUUGUGUUGGGUUGGGUUGGGUUGGGUUGGACCGGUGUGUGGUUUUUAAGAUCUUUAUUGGCUGAUAAGUUGUAAAAUUAGUUGGUGUGAUUCUGGCUCUGGCUGUGUGCAUGAUCCCAAUUUCUAUAUGCUGUGAUAGAGAUCUUCUAAUGUUGUUAUCUUUUUAUAGUUCAGUGAAAGGAUGAUGAUGUAUGGUUUGGUUUGCUUU